AAGAACAAACACUCUAGAGCAAAAACUUACUUUUGUGUGUGUUUAAGUGUGUGUGUGUGUGUGUGUGUUUGUUCAUGGCUGGUCUUAGGAAUUCCGGUAACGGUGACAAAGCGGAAAACGAAGGCAAAGGUGUACCAUCUGCAUACAGAGGUGUCCGGAAGAGAAAAUGGGGGAAAUGGGUGUCUGAAAUCCGUGAACCGGGGACCAAGAACCGUAUCUGGCUAGGCAGUUUCGAGACUCCUGAAAUGGCUGCAACCGCCUAUGACGUGGCAGCAUUUCAUUUCAGGGGACGUGAGGCUCGUCUCAACUUCCCGGAGCUCGCCAGCAGCCUGCCACGUCCUGUAGACUCUAGCUCGGACAGCAUUCGGAUGGCAGCUCAUGAGGCAACACUCUGCCGCAGAACCGAAGCAUCAGAGUCAGCCAUGCAAGUGGACAGCUCUAGCUCCUCCACGGUAGGACCAACAAUGGUCAGUCUCUCUCCCAGGGAAAUUCAAGCGAUCAACGAGUCAACUCUGGGAUCUCCUUCUACAUUGAUGCAUUCAACAUACGACUCUAUGGGUUUUGCUAAUGAUGUGGAGAUGUAUGCUUGGGAAACGUACCAGAGUGAGUUUCUUUGGGACCCCUAACCCCAAAACCCAACUCAUGGAGAGUUUCUACAGCUCAGUCUUACAAAACUGGGUUCAUACCAUUGCCAGCAUAAGUUACUGGCCUAGAAUGCUUAAUUUAUUAAAGUUUAGUUGUCAGAGUCUAGCACAAGGGUUGUUGAUUCUGACGUUAUAGUAGAGAAUAAAGCUCAUCCAGGUUUUGGAGGGAAGGGCACAAGGGUCCCAAAUAUGGACCUCCUCACAUAUAUUUUAAAUUUUUUUUAGUACUAUUAGACACACAGCUACUAUUUUAUAAGCUGUUUUCAGAGAUUGUGAGGUGUGACUUGUCAUUAUUUUAAAAAAUUGUUUAUUUGAUAUUA